AUGGAUGGCUUAGACACAGAGCAGAGACCAUCUCGCGCCUUCGCGCCUACAGGCCUCCUCACAAAGGUUGACCAUCUCUUCAAGGACCGCAUAAAUGCUGGUUUUGAACAAUCUGCCGAGUAUAUCAGACAAUUUCCUUCCCCCAUUAUUGCUAAGAUUGUCUCAUUUGUGGCUGGUCGAUUUGCUGCAGUAUUAAUCAUAGUUGCUCUCAUGGAUGAAGUACUGCUUGAGGCUCAUGUAUAUGGUCGAAACCUGUUCUGGUUCACUGUUUUUUUUGGAAGUGUCACAGCAAUCAGUAGAUCUCUUGUGGCUGAUGAAUACCAGGUAUUUGAUCCCGAAGGUGCAAUGUCUCUAGUUUCUCAGCAUACUCAUUAUAUGCGAAAGAAAUGGCGUGGUAAAGAAUACACUGACAGACUGCGGGGAGAGUUUGAAGCUCUUUGCCAGUACAUCAUGAAGAAGUUACUUGAGGAUAUGGUCUCAAUAUUCCUGACCCCUUACUUGCUCAUCUUCUUGGUACCCAAGCGUGUGUAGAUGAUAUCUUGAAGUUCAUUUCAUACUUCACUGUGGAUGUGGAAGGUGUCAGUCAUGUUUGCAGCUAAAACUAGUAUGGUUCACCUUUCCAUGCUACUCGGGAGUUGAGGAGCUCUCAAGGGAAAAUGGAGAAAUCGUUCUUAAGAUCCAAUCUAAAUCGAGAGCCUCUCUCCUAACGCUGAAGACUUCUGCCCCAGAGAAUCGAACCGAAUCGAGAGCUUCAAAACCUGAGAGAAUCGGUUCGGAGAUCCAAGCGCCAUUUUACAACCAAGAAUCGAAGGCCUCGUCCAAUCGAGGGUUUUGAAGCAUAGCGAAGAUCCAGUGGCGGAUCAAGAAAUUCGUCUAAAA